AUGUUCGCGUUCGGCGUGAUCGUGUUGAUGACAGUGGUAGACUGUGUACCUUCUUACGAUGUAUAUCAUCAUCAGUUCGCGGUCCAUGUACCUGGAGGGUACCAUCAGGCUACAGAGCUCGCUCAUCGACAUGGCUUCGUCAACCAUGGACAGAUCGGGAGCUUAAACAAUUUCUUUCUAUUAUCACAUCCACAUGUCAGCAAACGAUCGCCAAAUGCGAGCAUCGACUAUCAUAAUAAACUCAAAAAUGAUCCACAGGUGAGAUGGGUAAUGCAGCAAAGAGAGCUGCGGAGAGAGAAGCGGGACCAUUCCAGACGCCACGUCAUGAGGCAAACUAGCACGCCCACCUUCCCUGACCCUUUGUUCAAAGAACAGUGGUAUUUGAACGGAGGUGCAGCGGAUGGGUUAGACAUGAAUGUUGGGUACGCCUGGAGAAAAGGCUAUACAGGCAAAGGAGUAGUUAUCACUAUACUAGACGAUGGAAUACAACCUAACCAUCCCGACUUAAAACAAAAUUAUGAUCCGGCCGCGUCGUCGGACAUAAACGGGAACGACACAGACCCCACGCCACAGGACAAUGGGGAUAAUAAACAUGGCACCCGGUGCGCUGGAGAGGUCGCUGCGGUUGCCUAUAAUCGAUAUUGCGGCGUUGGUAUCGCAUACAAUGCCAGCAUCGGAGGCGUUAGGAUGCUAGACGGCCUUGUUAACGACGCAGUGGAGGCCCAAGCGCUCGGAUUCAACAUUCAUCACAUAGACAUCUAUAGUGCGUCCUGGGGACCCGAGGAUGACGGCAAAACCGUCGACGGUCCCGGCCCUUUAGCUAGAAGGGCUUUUAUAAAUGGUGUCACUAAUGGACGGGGUGGUAAAGGUUCUAUUUUUAUAUGGGCGUCGGGGAACGGAGGAAGGCACACAGACUCCUGUAACUGCGACGGUUAUGCUAAUAGUAUAUUUACGAUAUCAAUUUCAAGCGCAACACAGGGUGGCUAUAAACCUUGGUAUUUAGAGGAGUGUUCGUCGACUCUAGCGUCCACUUAUAGUUCAGGAACGCCAGGUCGGGAUAAGAGUGUGGCGACGGUAGAUAUGGAUGUUCAAUUAAGACCCGAUCACAUUUGUACAGUCGAUCAUACAGGGACCUCAGCUUCCGCCCCUUUAGCUGCCGGGAUCUGUGCGUUAGCUUUAGAAGCCAAUUCCCUAUUAACGUGGAGGGAUGUGCAACAUCUUAUAGUAAUGACUUCAAGGUCGCAACCUUUAGAAAAAGAGGAUGGGUGGAUUGUGAAUGGCGUAAAAAGAAAAGUUAGCCAUAAAUUCGGCUACGGACUUAUGGACGCAGCUCAAAUGGUGACAUUGGCCGAGCAAUGGAUGAACGUGCCACCACAACAUAUUUGUAAAUCUCAAGAAAUAAAUGAGGACAAGUCGAUAGAAACUUCGUUCGGGUAUACGAUAUCCGUACAUAUGGACGUAAAUGGAUGUAGCGGCACGAUGAAUGAGGUCAGAGUUUUGGAACAUGUUCAAUGUAAAAUUUCACUCAGCUUUUUCCCGCGAGGAAAUUUACGGAUACUGCUUACGUCACCAAUGGGGACGACAUCUACGCUUUUAUUUGAAAGAACAUAUGACGCCACCAGUUCUAACUUUGAUGAUUGGCCAUUUUUGAGUGUUCAUUUCUGGGGCGAAAGUGCAGAGGGUAGAUGGACACUUCAAAUAAUAAAUGCCGGGAAUAAUCAUGUGACUCAACCUGGAGUGUUAAAGAAAUGGCAAUUAAUAUUUUAUGGUACGGCAACAAAUCCAAUACGAUUACGCAAUAAAAACUAUUUUGCUUCUAACAUGGUGUUUCAAAAGGAUAAAACUUAUCACGUGAACGAUGUUUACGAUGCAUCUGAAUAUUCACAAUUCCUGAAGGAGAUAGAGCUCGGUAUUUCCGAUAGACGUAGUUAUCCUAAAAAUAUUCCUUCAGCUCAGCGAAAAAAUGUUUUAGCAGAUGCUAAUGAUAAACAAGUCCAGAGACUAUGUGACCCGGAAUGUGACUCUCAGGGAUGUUACGGCAAAGGUCCGACGCAAUGUGUAGCUUGCAAACAUUAUCGAUUGGACAAUUCUUGUGUAUCGAGAUGCCCACCGCGAAGUUUCGUAAAUCAAGGGGGCGUAUGUUGGCCUUGCCACGAAUCAUGCGAGACAUGUGCAGGAGCCGGUCAAGAUUCUUGCCUCACUUGUGCCCCGGCACAUUUGCUGGUAAUUGACUUGGCAGUUUGCCUACAACAAUGCCCCGAUGGCUAUUACGAAGACCCUGAUGCAAAUGCUUGUUUCCCUUGUGCGGAACACUGCGAUACUUGUUCGGAAAAAGCUAAUAUGUGUUCGUCAUGUGCUCAUAGUUAUGUUUUAUACAAUGGAUCAUGUAUGGCGGCCUGCCCACCUGGCACUUACCAAAAAGAUGACUUUGGAUGCAUGCCAUGUCACGAAUCGUGCGAAUCUUGCAAUGGUCCAAAUGAAACGGCUUGCGUUUCUUGUCGAAUUGGAGAUUACGUGUUCAAUAGCCGCUGCGUUUCAAAAUGUCCUUCAGAAUAUUACGCAGAUGCUCAACGUAGAGAAUGCUUAGCGUGCCCUAUCGGAUGUUCUAUUUGCACAUGUGCCGUUUGCUCUGUUUGUCAAGAAAAAUGGAUUCUCACGAAAGGGGGAAAUUGUCUCCCGGAGGGCAAUGAUAAAUGUGACACCAAUGAGUAUCAUGAGGGAGGUCGAUGUAAAAACUGCCAUUCCACUUGUGAAAAAUGUAGCGGACCAAAUGAGUGGGACUGUUUAUCUUGUUCUAGUCCUUUGUUAUUGCAGGGAUCGAGGUGCGUAGCGGAAUGCGGGCAAGGAUAUUAUCAAACAGCCGGAAAGUGCUCAAAAUGUCCUCAUACGUGCUUGAGUUGUGUUUCAAGAUUAAAUUGCACGGUUUGUGCUGGUGCCUUAAGAUUACAAUCCGGAACCUGUAGAGCGACAUGUGCUCCUGGUUAUUAUCCUGAUGAGGGGAUAUGUUCGAAGUGUUAUUUGUCUUGUCAGACUUGUACUGGACCGAGAAGAGACCAGUGUGCUUCAUGUCCACCAGGGUGGAGAUUAGCGGCUGGGGAAUGCAGACCUGAAUGUCCACAAAACUUCUUUCCAUGGGAAGAUAGUUGCCGUCGUUGUCAUCAUUACUGUCAGGAUUGUCACGGUGCUGGACCUCAGAGAUGCACGUCGUGUCCACCACAUUUUUCCUUAGAAGCAGGUCUAUGUGUUGAAUGCCUUAGUUCUCAAUAUUACGAACCUAGAACAAGAACUUGCCGCCCAUGUCACGAUUCAUGUAGAUCCUGCUCUGGUCCAGGUCCAACAAGCUGCGUAACGUGCGCCCAUCCGCUUCGUCUAGAUAGGGUAAAUCAUAAAUGCUUACCAUGUUGUACUGAGAGUAUGGUAUCAACAUAUUUAGGCACUAAUUAUUCAACAGACUGUUGUCAUUGCGAUAAAGAUAUAGGAGGUUGCUUAAACGGCUCAUCUGCCGGGAAGCGUCGCAUUUCAGAAACGGUCCGCACUCAUAUAACGGCACAAUUUUUUGUUGACGACCAAAAGGAGGCCAAUAUCCUGCCGGUUGAUUUAUUACUCGGUUGGACCGUGGGGUCUACACUUCUUUUCGCCCUUGCUGUCGUCAUCGUCGUGAAGGUAAGAUCAAGAAACAGAAAAUACAGAAAACUCUUCCCUCGUGCAGAAUAUUCCCAAUUAACGACUAUAGACGAAGAUCUCGUCACCAUGACGUCAUCGACGACGAUUCUUAAAGUGUUACCAGUGGAUGAUCCAUUGAACGAUGUGAGUGAAUCUGUGUGUGGACUUGAUGAACCAAAUAUAUGUAACGCGAAGAUGUAAGCUACGUUAUAGGGAAAAGGGACCUUUUCAUAAUAAGAACAUUAUUAUUAUUGUUGUUUUGAGAGUUGCUGGCUUAAGAAUUCUUUUUUUCACGUGUUAUACU